AUGUCGGACUAUUUCUACAUAGAAAGCCAACUUAAUCAACUCGUCCUCACCAUUGAUGGUUUUAGACGUGAUGGUUUACUCGUGAUGUACCCAGCAUAUGGAGGAGCCAAUCAGCUGUGGAAGAACGGACCAAAUGACACUCUUGUCAGCAAAAUGGGCCUUGUGGCGGAUGUCAUGUAUAGCCAUACUGAAGAGGGAACCAACUGCAUUGGUUAUUUUCCAACUGGUAAUCCAAAUCAAAAAUGGGAGUAUAGAAAUGGCCAGAUAGUGAGCCUGCUGAGUGACCUUGUUAUGGAAAUAACAGAUGGGAAUACAAAUGUUUCAACCCCAGUCCGAAUGUGGCACGAUACCGGCAGUCUUCAGCAGAAGUGGAUUUAUACU